AUGCCCCAGUCACCAUUCUGGGGAAAAGUCCCCAGGGGAGAGAUCCUCGUGCUGAUGGCUCUUGUGAAGGCCGCAUUAGGCCUCCCAAUUGGGUUCAUCACAAGAUUAGAAGCUCGUCUUGCUGAGACAGAAGAAGCUCUCUUUCGGCUCGUGCACUCUAUCGAUGAACCCAACAACAAUCACAUCUCACUCAAGUCUUCAUCACAAAGGAAAGACGACCGUAUAAGAGAAUGGGAUAGUCUCCCUCUUCGAAAUGUGGAUGAAAUAAGAGCGUGGUAUCGAAGUAGAUCAGAGCAGACUCACGCGCCAACCCAGCACGACGAUCUGAUGGAGGAAGACCAGAGUACACGACCACUUCAUGCCACACCACCCGAGCCAGAGCCUGUGGACUUUCCAGAUGAUGCUGGAGAUGAACAGGCGGAAACAAUCACGUUGCAGGAUGCUGCUGAUGAUGAUGAUGAUGUUAUGCCGAGGAAUGAUAUUCAGAUUCAGAAGGAGUCUGGUGGAAGCAAGGCUAAGGAGAUGGAGCAGAAGCAUCCAAAUAUGUACUUUUAG